AUGGGGGGUGUCACAUUCAUGGAGCGCAAGAAUCCCGAAUCCCACUACCCGGAGUCGCGGGUGCUCAUCAUCAUGACGGGCGGGACAAUCUGCAUGCAGCCGUCGGUCGACGGACUGGUUCCGAUGACGGGCUUCCUCGAGAACGCCAUGGCGCCUCGACCCUCGUUCAACGAUGGCUCUACUCCGGCUGUCAAAAUCCACGCCUACAAAAAUGGCGUCAAAUUGACCCUCGACAGCCUGCGGACGCCAGUGAGUGCGUAUUCCCGGCACAUCCGCUAUGGCAUCCUUGAGUUUUCACCCCUCCUGGACUCGAGCUCCAUCUCCUCCAUGGGCUGGACUGAAAUCGCCCUCACCAUCAAGGAGAACUACCACCUCUUUGACGGCUUCGUCGUCCUGCACGGCACGGACUCGCUAGCCUACACCGCGUCCGCCCUCUCGUUCAUGAUGUCGGACCUCGGCAAGCCCGUCGUUCUCACGGGCUCGCAGGCCUCCAUCUUUGCUCUGCAGUCCGACGCCGUCGACAACCUGCUCGGGUCGCUCAUCAUCGCCGGCACCUUUGUCAUACCCGAGGUCUGCCUCUUCUUCCACCAUACCCUCUUCCGCGGCAACAGAACCACCAAGGUGUCCGCUUCGUCCUUCGAGGCCUUUGACAGUCCCAACUGCGACCCCCUGGCGAAAGUGACGUCCCUCGGAGCUGAUGUCAACUGGUCCCUGGUGCGCCGUCCGACGCGAAUCGCCGAGUUCCAGGUGACCAAGUACUUGGACACGGCGCACGUGGCGUGUCUGCGUAUCUUCCCCGGUAUCAAACCCGAAAUGGUGGAUUCCGUGCUUAGAGUGCCCAAUCUAAGAGGGUUGAUUCUCGAGACGUUUGGGAUGGGCAAUGCGCCCGGAGGCGUGGACGGGAGCCUGACCAAGGUUAUCCGGGAGGCGGUCGAGAGGGGGAUUGUUGUUGUUAAUGUGAGCCAGUGCACGAACGGGUUCGUGUCGCCCCUGUACGCGCCCGGCACGGCGCUCGGCAGGGCCGGCGUGGUGUUUGGGCACGACCUGACCACCGAGGCGGCCCUGACUAAGCUGUCUUACCUGCUGGCGCUGCCCGACCUGCGGUAUGAGGACGUCACCAAUAUGAUGGCGCAUUCGUUGAGGGGCGAAAUGACGGAGAUGACCUUACCGUCCUUCUCGCACCCAGCCGGGAGCAUUGAUUCUGCCGUGGGCAGAUUAACCUCUGCUGAAGCUGCUUUCACGGCUCUGGGCUACGCAAUCAGCAACGGAAAUAUUCGCCUUGUCCGCGAGAUCCUGGAGGGAGACGAGUGCAACCACCGGCUUCUUAAGAGGGCCGACUAUGCGGGGAAUACUGCCGUGCAUCUCGCGGCUGUCGGACCUGAGCCCCUCAUCCUCAGGGACUUGCUCAUGAGGGGCGCCAGCGUGCAUGUCAGGAACCGGGCGAACAACACGCCGCUUUAUCUGGCUGAGAAGAUGGGAAAUGUGGAAUGUGUCCGGCUGCUCAAGGAGGCCGGCGGUCACCUGUGGCUGGACAAUGAUCUGAAGAAAGAGGGACAGGGGAGUCGGUCAGUGAGCAGGAAACCCUCGGAUGGGGGUAGCAGUUUUGUUGAAGUUGCCCCCGAGGCUGGUGUGGAUGACCACAGGGUCGCCGAGGGCAACGGCAAUGGACUUAUGGAGGGCAAUGGGAAUGGGGUCAUGGAGAGCACAGAGAAUGGAGUUAUGGGGGCCAAUGGGAAUGAGGUAGGAGACAGGAAUGGGAACGGGUUGAUAGUGGGGAAUGGGGAUAGUGCUGGGCUGGAAGAAGCGGAUCUGGCGAGAGUGCUCUCUCGAGAUGAGGGUAGGAUUGUGGGAUGA